AUGGAGCCCAAAGGUACUCUCGUCUUCGCCACCAUCGGCCGAGCCCAAUACGGCUUCGACCUCUUCUCCCUCCAUCUCUCCACCCCCCUCGAACACUGCCUCACCGACGGCCGCUCCGUCAACUUCAACGCCCACUUCACCCACUCCCACCAUUCCAUUGUCUUCAUCUCCGAACGAACUGGCUCCCCCGCCAUCUACACAACCCGACCCGGCCUCCCUGACCCCGAAUUCCUCCUCUCCGUCCCCGGCAGCCAUUUCCACGACCGACCCGUCAUGAAACACAACAAGCUCUACUUCAUCUCAGCACACCAACAACCCGACCACCUCUUCAAGUCUUGGUGUGCUCUCUACUCCACUGACCUCGACGACACCGAAAAGAACACGACACGGUUGACUCCGCAAGGGUCGGUUGACUACAGCCCCGCCGUGUCUCUCUCCGGCGAGUUCGUCGCCGUCGCUUCGUACCACUCACGUCCCUGGGGAGGCGAGUUUCACGAACUCAACACUGAGAUCGUCGUCUUCCGGGCUUCCGAUCCCGGAAAGCGAGUAGUGCUCUGCGACCGUGGCGGCUGGCCUACCUGGUCCGGCGACUCCGUCGUCUACUUCCACCGCCGGGACGACGCCGGCUGGUGGGCCGUUUUCCGAGCUGAUCUCCCCCAAGACGACUUCGACUCCGCGGCGUACCCGAUAACUCCCACUCAGAUCACUCCGGCGGGCGUUCACUGCUUCACUCCUGCCGCCUUCCACGACGGAAAACGCAUCGCCGUCGCCACCCGCCGUAAAGAAACGAAGUUCCGACACGUGGAAAUCUUCGACACAGAGAUGCGGAGUUUCCGGGCGGUGACGUCGGCGCUGAACCCAGAUCUCCACCAUUACAACCCGUUUGUUUCUCCGGACUCCGAGUUUCUAGGGUACCACCGGUUCCGCGGCGAGUCGAUGACUCAGUGGGGCGGCGAGUCGGUCAUUCCUCACUUGGAGCCCGUAGUCUCUCCCAUCAGAAACCUCCGCAUGCUGAGGCUUAAUGGCUCGUUCCCGACGUUCUCACCUGACGCCGAUCUCGUCGCCUUUAAUCCCGAGUUUGAAGGAAACACCGGCGUCAAAAUCGUCAAGUCCAACGGGUCAAAGUCGUGGACUUUAAUCAAAGACCGUUUAGCCUUCUACAACUCCUGGAGCCCCACAGAACGACACGUCAUAUACACAUCCAUAGGCCCAAUCUUCCAGUCAGCAGGAACAACGGUCCAGAUUGCCAGGAUCGAGUUUGACCCGUCUGAUCUGAACGGUGAUAAGGAGGAGAUUCCAUGCAACGUUAAAAUCCUCACCCGCGAAGACACGGGGAAUAACGCCUUCGCUUCCUGCUCCCCAGACGGCAAGUUGCUCGUGUUCCGGUCCGGUCGAACCGGCCACAAGAACCUCUACAUCGUCGACGCUGUCAACGGUGAGUUCAACGGAGGAAUCCGUCGGUUGACGGAGGGGCCAUGUAUUGACACUAUGCCGAGCUGGUCACCGAAGGGAGACCUCAUCGCGUUCUCCUCGAACCGGCACAAAUCGAAUGACACUGCUGUGUUCGGCAUUUAUGUCAUCAAACCGGAUGGGUCAGGGUUGAGGAGGAUACACGUGGCGGGGGAUGACACGGACAUGGAGAGGCUCAACCACGUGUGCAUCAGUCACGACGGGGAGUGGCUACUUUUCACGGCGAACUUGGGAAGCGUGAUGGCUGAGCCAGUGUCGUGGCCGAACCAAUUUCAGCCGUAUGGGGAUUUGUACAUGGUGAGGUUGGACGGGAGUGGGCUGAGGAGGCUGACGUGGAAUGGGUACGAGAAUGGGACGCCGACAUGGUACACGGGUGAUGACGUGGAAGUGGGGGGUCUGCGUUUGGGUACUUGUGAGGUUGGGGAUAAGCUCAAGGGUCAUUUUGACGAGCCUCAUUGGAGUUCUUGUGACAUAUGA